AUUCACAGAACUGGUCCAGAAAGUUUUCUUGUCUCUGAUCCCAAUAAGGCCAUCUCUCUCUUGCAAAAGAUCUGUAAUCAUAAUCUCCUUUUCUCUCUCUCUCUCUCUGGGAUUGGGAGAGAGAAAGACUGCCAUAGAUAGCCAGCCAGCUAGCUCUCUCCAAAGUACAAGUGGUCCUCUUUCCUUAACCCCACAACUUGUUUUUGCCUUCUUAGCAAACCCUUUUGUUCACAUGAUCUCAAUCCAGUCCUACAAAUACAUAUUCUAGAGAGAGAAUUUUAGAGAGAGAGAGAGAAGAAUACAAUGCAAGAGCAAGGAUUAGGGAUGAUGGGUGGUGGUGGAGGGAUUGGUGGUGGGUUUACUGAUAUGUCUGUAUCACUUUCCGGCGAUCAAAACCGACAGCUGAAGGCGGAGAUAGCCAACCACCCACUCUAUGAACAGCUUCUCUCAGCUCAUGUUGCCUGCCUCCGUGUCGCCACCCCGAUUGAUCAGCUGCCGCUCAUCGACGCCCAACUUUCUCAGUCCCACCACCUCCUCCGCUCCUACAUCGCCGCCGACCACCAUAACCAACCUCUCUCUCCACAUGAUCGCCAAGACCUCGAUAACUUCUUGGCACAGUAUUUGUUAGUUCUAUGUUCGUUUAAAGAACAGCUCCAACAACAUGUCAGAGUUCAUGCUGUUGAAGCUGUCAUGGCCUGCCGUGAAAUCGAGCACAACUUACAAGCUCUCACUGGAGUAACGCUUGGAGAGGGGUCGGGAGCCACGAUGUCGGAUGAUGAGGAUGAGAUGCCGAUGGAUUUUUCAUUGGAUCAAUCGGGUGGUAUCGACGGUAGUCAUGAUAUGAUGGGUUUCGGUCCUCUUCUUCCUACGGAAUCUGAACGCUCUCUUAUGGAGCGAGUCCGUCAAGAACUCAAAAUCGAACUUAAACAGGGAUUUAGAUCGAAAAUUGAGGACGUGAGAGAGGAAAUACUGCGAAAGCGAAGGGCAGGAAAAUUACCUGGUGACACUACUUCUGUGCUGAAAGAUUGGUGGCAACAACAUUCCAAAUGGCCUUAUCCAACCGAAGACGACAAGGCGAAACUGGUGGAGGAGACGGGGUUACAACUGAAGCAAAUUAACAACUGGUUUAUCAAUCAAAGGAAGCGAAACUGGCAUAGCAACUCCAAUUCUAUGACUGCUCUCAAAUCAAAGCGCAAACGAUAGAAGAAAUCUGGCCAUGUGUUUUUUUCUGAAAUCCAAAACCGAUUAUAUACAUUCAAUCGGUCUAUAAGUAUAUGUUGAUAUAUACAAUAUUAGGUGUCAUAUGGUGACCAAAAAGAUUGGGGGUAAACAAGUUGUAACGAUGCAUAUAUGAUCAAUUUUCUAACACAUUUUCUCUUUAAUAUCAUCUAUCAUAAUCAUUGAUUCUUUUAUCA